AUGUCCAGACAAUCGUCCAUCCGUCGCCAGAACCAUGAGCCAGUGAAAAGCGACCGUUUCCCCCUGUUGGACAUCCCAGAACUAUCUUUAUGUCUCAAGAGUUGUAAUUUGAGUGCCCCAGAAGAAGAUUUAUUCAAACCAACUCCAAUCUUUGUCCAAUCUAUAUUCCAACAGAUACUUCACAUUUUUUUAUCAAUAUCUCCAAACAGAAUAAGACAUAGACAACAGAAAUUAGUGGAGGAUGAAGAUGAACGGGAAGAAUUUGAAGAAUCUUUAAAUUUGUUAUCUUUACAAACAAUUCUUUAUAAAUUCUUUGUUGAUUGUGGGAUUUAUGAUUUUAUGGUUACUGAUUUGACUAAGCCUGAACCUCAAAGAGUUAAAAGAUUAUUAAGUGCUGUGGUGAAUUUUGCAAGAUUUAGAGAAGAACACCUUUAUGAUAAUGAAGCUAUUAUGCAAGAAAAUAAUUUAAAAUUUGAUAAAUUCCAAACAAAUUUAGAUGAGAACAAGACUCUCAAGAAAAAUAUUCAAGGGUUGGAAGAUAGAAAUAACAAGAUCAAUAAUAAUUUGGAUCAAUUAAAUGAACAUAAUCAUAAAGUUGAACAAGAAUUAAGAAAUUUGAAAAAAAUUCAAGAAUCUUUAACUACACAACAUUUGAAUUAUAAAACUGAAAAAUCAAGAUUGAUUCAAUCAUUAGAAGAUCAUAAUUAUUUAUUAUUGGAAUCUAAAAAGGAUUUAGAGAAAAUGAAAAAUUAUAUUAUUGAAUCACCAGAUAUAAUUUCCAAGAUUAUACAAGAUAUGAAUAACUCUUUAGAAUCUGAUCAACAAGCUUUAUCAGAUUUGGAGUUAAGGUCAAGAAAACUAGCCAUCACAAUUGAAUCUUUUAAUUUAAUUCAACAAGAUUUGAAAAAUUGUUUAAAAUUAGUGGAAGAAUUAACUAUAGAGAUUAAUAAAGAAAAUUUAAACAAUAACAAAUUAAAUCAAUAUAAAGAGAAGUUUGAAGAUAAUAAUUUGAAAGUGAAUGAAUUAAAUAGAAGAAUUCAAUUAUUAACAAGACAAAUUAAAAAUAAUGAAGAGAAAACUUUAAGAACAACACAACAAAAAGAUGAAAAAGUUAAAGAAUAUGAAUUGAAAAUGCAAGAAUUACAUGAAAUUUAUGCAACUUUAAUGACUGAAAAAAAUUUAAAUGAUCGUGAUAUGCAAAAGAAGAAAACUUAUAUUAAUUCAAUUCAAAAAAAGAUGUAUGAUUUAGAAAUGUCAUUUAAAAAGGAAUAUGAUGAAACUACUCUAGAAAUUCAAAGAUUGAAUUCUCAUUUCAAAGUUUAUUUGAACCAAAUUGAGGAAAAAUUGAAUUUAUGA